GCAGUUUACGAGAUUACUCUGCCGGCACGGGGCCCUAGUAAGGAGUUACUGUGCGUCACGUCCAAACAGCCAUGAAGUUCAAGAUGUUUAACAAACAACGUGAAGCCCCACAAGCACUGCCUUCAACUGACGUCCCUGCAGCCACUGUGAUUCCACCUGCGAAGAUUACCGUCGAAUCGGAUAAUCCAAAUCUUCUGCUAUCCUACAAUCCCCGCAUCUCUGAUGCCAUUGAUGCCAGUACAUCUCGAUCCGAACUGGACCGCAUAUCCUCGACUCAGGGGAUGUUUUCCGAGGCAUCUGGUACAGAUGGCAGUGCAGCAUCCAAUCCGGACGCUUCACUUUCAUCGUCAUCAGCGCCAUCCACUCCAGUGAAGCAUCAGCAACAUGUCGCAGCCAACUCACGACCCAGAAAGAAAGAACCCUAUGUCCCCAGUUACAUGAAUUCCUCUGGUCCCGAUCUGUGUGUGGUUUGUGGAGACAGUGCCACCGGACUUCACUACCGUGCCAUGACAUGUGAGGGCUGUAAAGGAUUUUUUCGACGAUCAGUCCAAAAGAAAUUGAACUACGUCUGUAAAGCUCAAGGUAAUUGUGCCGUUUCGGACAAACGGAACCGGAACACUUGUCAGAGCUGCCGGUUUGACCGAUGUCUCAGUGGGGGAAUGGCGAAAGAACUCGUUCUGGACGAGGAUAAGCGCAUUGCCAAAAGGCGCCUAAUUGAAGCGAACAGAGCGCGUAAGCGUGCAGAAGCUGGACGCAACUCACCUGUUGCAUCCUCCACCGUCGUAAUCCCUACUGUGCCCAGGAUACUAGCCCCCAGUCCUUCGGCCACACCUAUGCUUCAGCCUGGAUCCACGUCAAACCCAACUUCUUUAUUUUUGCCCUCCAAUCAAGUGUCCACCUCAUCUUAUCCGGAUCCCCUCACGAUCAACGAUCUGGCCGGAAUGCCUCAACUUUCUCUAAAUGUCCCCUUCGCUCGGCUAGGCUGUGGUGAACCUCCGGCGGCCCCAAUCUACUGGCAACCACUCUUUAGGGCACAACCAUCUGCUCUUUUAGGAUCAGCUUCUGAUGCUGUGAACCAGCCAGCAUCACAUAACAGAUUUUUCCCCACCUAUCCAUCCCAUGGCCAACUCAGUGUUCAAGAUCUUGUGUCUGGGUCUAUCUAUGCAGUAGAACCUAAACGUAUUCGUUUUACUGAGUCCACGGAGGUUACCUUACCACUGACUUCUGGUUAUCAAAGAUCCAGAGAUGUUUCCAAUGCCAGUCUCCCUCUGCCGGCUGCCGAUAGCGUUGGGCACUAUACCGAGGCGGUCAUCCGCUGUCCCGCACUUCCCCCCGCAAAUGACUGUCAAUGGACCGUGGAAGAUCAGCGUACGGUGGAAUCCAUCCGACAAGCAUAUCGGACCAUUCUUAUCCCCUCUGACUAUACAAAGAUCGAGGCGGAUGCAGAGAAAACUUCUGAGAGGCCGUUUCAACAGGCUAGUAACAGCAACAACGGCGAUACCGUCAGCGUCAGCAGCAGCGUGCUUAUAAGUCUACUGAUUGAACCAACGAUCGCGCGGCUCGUGGCCUUUGCGAAGCUUGUCCCUGGAUUUGGAAUGCUCGGUGCGGACGAUCAGACACGCCUGCUCCGUGGCUGUUGUCUCGAUGUAAUCACGCUACGCGCUGCAUAUGUGCUCAGCCGUAUAGCGCGUCACAGAGGCCUACUCGAUUCACAUGGCCUCAAAUCGUCGGAUACGAGUGUGACCCCGUUGCCACACGUUGCAGACAACACCAACGUAAUUCCAAACACGGUGUACCCCCGGCUCGGUGUUUCCGAUGUGAAGUGUGCUCAAAUGAUCCGUGGCGUGGCCUUCAAAUUGGCACGUUUGGAAAUUGACGAGACGGAGGUCGCGCUUAUGGCUGCCAUCCUUCUCAUGUCACCAGAUCGUUGUGAGCUGAGUGAUAUUAACACUAUUGAACGUACUCAGGAUAUUCUCUUGGAGACAUUUAAUCGUUACGCGAACUGGAGCCGCAAGCAAUUGUCUGGACGAAUGCGCUUGUCCACCGUCUCGGGUUCCACCAGCCACUCACAGUAUUGGCCUAGAAUUUUUAUGGCCCUCACUGAGCUCAGAUCGAUUACUUUGUGUAAUCAAGGUUUGUUUGUGGAAAAAACGUUUAGUGCGAAGAUCGAUGAACUUCCGUGGUAUUUCCACGAGUUAUUUGAAGGCAGUCAAAUCGUUUACGUUGAUUCGGAUAUACCUACUUUGGAGGCAGUCCAUUUUACUUCCCAGCGUGCAUCUCCUACACCAUCGGAUGAAGCACCAUUUUUGAUGUCCAACCUCUAACUGUGCACGAUGCAAGCACCACGGUCAGCCUGUCAUUUUCGUCCCAAGACGACUUGUGCUGUGUUGAUAAUAUCGGUUCAUUUUGCUUUCGACAGUGACGCGGACGAGACAAUAUGACCUCCAGACUGGCUGGUUUGAUGAUUUCAUGAUCUUCUGUAAUCUUUUCUCCCUGACUCCUCCAUUCCGUUUGUGCUUUUCACGAUGUUGUGUUUUUUCAUUUUGCACUGGUAGACUGUUAGUAGGUGUAAUUUUAGUACCAAAUUCGGUUUCAACUGCACAGACCCGCGCCAAUUACUUAUCACAAAAAUGUAAAAUAGUCACUAUUUGCAAGGUUGAAACCGUGAGAGUCCGUGUGUAGUUUUCUGUCGUUUUCCACCCGCUUUUGUCUGUUUUCGUGCGUCACUUUGUUUCUACACUAUCCUGCUUUCUGUGAUUUGUCUUGACUUUUAUGAGGCGUUUAUAAGUUC